UCGCCAUCCAACAACGCUAUCGCCAACUAUCAUCACAACGUCGCAAUAUAGCACAACGCGCCUGAGAUCCUGUGAAUCGUCGCUGCAGUCCGUGUAAAACGCCGACUUGUACCCCUCGAACGAGCGACUGCGCGACUCCACGUUUGCGCCAGUCUGCCCCUUCGUUGGAACAACCGGGGACUGUGGAAGGGUCCUGGUUCAGUCCUGCCAGCUAUGCUCUGGAGGACUGACGCUUGGUCUGCCAGCUAUGCUCUGGAGACCAACGGGUCGCCUGUCGACGAAGCUGGUCCUCUGGUUCGUUUCGCGCCGUAUUGUUUCCGAGUGAACUGGUAAGUCUGGACUUUGUCUAACUAACCACCUCUCCUUUAUAUAUACACAUAGAUAUGUUAAACAUAAACAUUAAUAAAUCGACACCCGCUGUCAUCGAAUGGCCAUCCGGCGACACGACCCAUUUAUUAGUCGAGCCCGACCCCAAGUACGCCAGCAUAACAUUCACGACGCGCUUCGAUGCGACCACCUCGUUCUUCGAACUGAGCAUACCGAUCAAGAUCAAGCAUACCAGACUCAAGGAUGAUACGGAAGGAGACAACAGCGUAUCGGCACUCUUGCUGCGUAUUUGCUCUUCUACCGUCGAUACCUUAUCCUUUGCUUCUAGCACAAAGCCUCCCAACGCCGUACAAAAGAAGCUCGCAUCUCGCACGACGCGUCUCGACUUCCAACUCGACCGAACUGUUGAUGCGCUUGUUCCCAAAAAUGCUCAUGAGCCUCUUGUACCAGCUCGUGGGCAAUCAGGGUUAGUUCUUGAUGCUGUCCGCCAGAUCUCAAAUACAACUACCUUGUCUGUCUACAUCCAAGACGCCAUUUUGUCCAAUACUCAGUUGCAAUCAAUUCGUGACGCAUGCGGCCAAGGCUGUUCCAAGCCAGUUUGUAGAGAUGAUCACCACUUCUCCAGCCUCUACGGUGGUAAUGGAGCCAAGGUCAUUCGUCUAUCGGCCGAGACUGGACAACUCCCUCCAUCGUAUAACAAAAUCGGGUCACCACCGCCGAGCGCUCCCAUCAAUCCGUUAAAAAGACGGCGCCAAGAUUCCGAGGCUGAGCGUAGUGAUGCUGCGACCGAAUUACAAGCCCUGCUCGGAAAGAUGGAGGCGCGAAUGCUAGCAAAGAUGGAGGAGCGACUAAAGGGGCUAGACUACGAGAAAGAAAACUCGAGAGAAAGCUUGGCUAAGCGUAUCGAAGAACUAGAGAACGAAAACCGACGCUUGAAAGAAAGCAUGGAAGAACGCGUCAAAGGCCUAGAAAGCGAGAACCAGCAUCUUCGAGAAGGCAUUGACAAGCUGCGCGCACUCCUUGAGAAUCAGAGUGACGACAUCGAUCGCGUUGGAGAACAAACCUCGGAGAACACCGCCGAGUUGGUAACCAUCGAUGAUGAAUUGACGCAUGUUAGACACGAUGUCGACGAGCUGGUGGUCAAAACCGACUCUCUCGAACGAGGCGAUCUGGUAGAGAUGGUCAAGAGUGAUGUUCUCGAAUACAUAAGGAUACGUCUCUGGGGGAACGAUUGA